CGUUUUUGUUUUGUCUAAAAAAUAAUAAUCAAAAUAUUAUUUAAUAAUAAUUUUUUUAUUGUGAUAUUAAAAUAAAGUUAAUUAAUAAUAAUCACUAGUUUUUUGAAUUCAAUUAUGUAAUGCCAUUUUUUAAUUAUACUUUCUUUGUUAAAUUACAUUUAAAUACUUAUAUAAAUUUUGAUAAUAAUGACUAAUGUUGACAGUUUUUCAGAAAAAGAAAAUGAGUUUGUAACAAAAACUGAUUCCGUACUAACAAUUAGCAGUGACAGCUCAUUUACUGACUCACCGAUAAAAAAAAGAUCAAAACGACAAAAUGGUCAAUUACCCAAAAAAUCUCGUGUGAUUGCUCUUGAUACUGAUAGUGAAGAUGAUUUUGAACCGUCAAAACCUUUGAAAACUAUCUCUCAAGAAUCAGUAAAACCUUUAUCAAGGAAUACGUCCAAUAAUAUGAAUAAUGAAAAGAAAAAGUUUAGUCCUAAGAAACCAUCGUUAAUAACGCGACCCAAAACUGGAUCACAAUCAUCACCAGUAAGUCCAACCAGUCCCGCUCGACCGGCAUGGCGUGGUCCCGAUUACAAAUUAAAUUUAAGUCCAUUGGGUGUAAAUGAAGACAUGAAAACAUGGAUCAAGACAAUGGAAAGAGCAGACGUGAUGUCACAAUCACCUAAACUGGAAUUCGAACUCCAUCUUCAUCUUAAUCAGCUCAACAAUCAUUACAUAGAAAUUCAAGAAAAAUUGCUUUCAGUGUAUGAUAAAAUACCGUUAGAAAUCCUUGAAAAAUUUCCACAAUUUGAUAGCAGUAUUUUCAGUAACAUCAAGUCAUUACGCCAGCAUGUGAGAGCUAAAAGACUUUUGACUGAAAAAAAAUUACGUAACACUUCUAGCCCGUCGACUUCUGGAGGCACAAACUCUCCAGCAAGUAAAAAUUUUCAAGUACGUCAACCAGUUAAAGCAGCAAAUUCAUCACCAGUUAUUGGAAAAACUAAUAAUGACAUGGACGAUAGUAUGGAAGAGGUUCCAGCUAAAAAACUAGCUCUAGAUCUGGACAGUAGCCUGGAAAAAGCACCAGUGGAAUCAAUAUCUAGGUUUCAAGUAAAGCGUCCAGUCAAAGCAACUUUAUCAUCUGAGUUUAAUGGACAUCGACCGGAAGCACCAUUGUCUCCUGUUUCAACAUCUGCGGUAGUAAAAUCAUCCAGACCAGCUCCUAAAACAGCUUUCGUAGACUUUACCGAUUCAGAAGACACCGUGGACGAUACUCCAGUGAAACCAGUGUCCAAGUUCCAAGUCAAGAGACCAGUGAAAGCAGUUUUAACCUCAGAAAUAAAUAGCAAAGUACCUGAACCAUCGUCAUCUCCGAUAACACAUCACACGAAACCUUCUAGUCAGCAAUCAGCUCCAGGUACAAACUAUCCAAAAGUUUCUAGCCAACCAACAUCAUACGCAGCAUCCAAACCAUCAAAGCCAGUCUAUGUGGACUUCAGUGAUCCAGAAGAUCUAGAAGUAACUAAUGAUCUAGGUCCAGCUCCUAGAUCUCCAGCAUCUGAAAUAUUUGAUUUAUCAAAUUUCGAAGAAGAUAGUUUUGAAGCUCAACCACUCAGCAAUCGUUCAAUAACCCAAGACUUGAAUGCACUUCCUGAAGUCGGUUUCCAACAUGACGAAUCAUCAUUUCGCAGUAAUUUCAAAGCCAUGUUCGAAGCACCUCCACCCCCAACCGGAAAAUUCAUGGGUGACACCCAAAACUCUGGACUGACCGGUGAAUUCGAUCGUGACUAUCCGCAUUCUCAAGAACUAAAAAGUCUAUUUCGUUCUAAAUUUGGAUUGUUUAGUUUCCGUCCAAAUCAAUUACAAGUCAUGAAUGCGGCAUUAACUGGCCAUGAUUGCUUUGUGCUGAUGCCAACAGGUGGUGGUAAAUCACUUUGUUAUCAAUUACCAGCUCUUUUAUCACCCGCAGUAACAAUUGUUGUUUCUCCUCUUAAAAGUCUCGUACUAGACCAAGUUCAUAAACUUAAUUCCCUUGAUAUUAAAUCAGCUCAUUUGUUAGGCGACGUAUCAGAUUCUGAAGCAAACGCAGUCUACCGUGAUUUGAAUCGCGAUUUACCAACGAUAAAACUAUUAUACGUUACCCCAGAAAAAUUAUCAUCGAGUAGCAAACUUUUGGAUGUUUUAAAACGAAUGUAUGAAAAAGGUUUAUUAGCGCGUUUUGUUGUUGAUGAAGCUCACUGUGUCUCUCAAUGGGGUCAUGAUUUUCGUCCUGAUUAUCGUAAGCUUAGUUUUUUACGUAAAUCAUUUCCCCAAGUUGGAAUGAUGGCAUUAACUGCCACCGCAACACCUACAGUCAGAACUGAUAUUUCAAUAAGAUUGAGUUUAAAAAAUCCAAAGUAUUUCUUCACAAGUUUCAAUCGUCCCAAUCUUAAGUACACAGUAAUUGAAAAAAAAGGACGUAACUGUUACGCGGAGGUUGCAGCUUUAAUUAAAGAAAAGUAUCCACGCGAAUGCGGUAUUGUCUAUUGCUUUUCUCGCAAAGAUUGCGAUGAUUAUGCAGAUCAUUUGAAGAUGAAUGGGAUCAGAGCGGGUAGUUAUCAUGCUGGACUAUCAGAUAAGCAGAGAACGGAAGCGCAAAUGAAGUGGAUAAGGGAAGAGACUAAAGUUGUUUGUGCGACAAUUGCCUUUGGAAUGGGAAUUGAUAAAGCGAAUGUACGUUUUGUAUUUCAUGCGACUAUUCCUAAGAGUAUUGAAGGUUAUUAUCAAGAAAGUGGACGUGCUGGAAGAGAUCAAGAAAAUGCAGACUGCAUUUUAUUUUAUAAUUAUUCAGAUACUAUUAAAAUUAAGAAUAUGAUUAUGGCUGAUCCGAGUUCCAGAGACGCAUGUCAAAAUAAUAUGGAUAAUUUAGCCAAAAUGAUAUCGUUUUGUGAAAACAAAACUGAUUGUCGAAGAGUUUUACAGCUGAGAUAUUUUGGGGAAAUUUUUGAUCAGAAAUAUUGUAUUAAUAAUCCAGCUACUACUUGCGAUAACUGUCGUAAUAAGGAUAAUUUCACUAUGACAGACAUGACGGAAGAUGCGAAAGAUAUCGUCCGUGCGGUAAGGGAUAUUAUUCAGACGCGAAAAUGUAAUUUGACGUUGAUUUAUUUGAUGGAAGUUCUCAAAGGAUGUGACUUGAAAAAAAUACGAGAGUCAGGUAUGAAUCGUGACGUAUUAUUUGGUAAAUUCAAAUCAUGGAACAAAAGUGACAUCGAUCGCUUCCUCCAUCAAUUGGUCUUUGAAAAUUAUCUAUCCGAAGAGCUACAAAAUAUCAAGGAAAUCGUAGUAGCUUAUGUAAAGCUUGGUGAACGUGCCAAGGCUUUAAUGACUACAGAUAUUAAGGUCAUGUUCCCAACAAGAUCAUCAACAAACAACCGGUUAACAGUAACAGUAGCUUCGACAGUAAAAUCAGACAACAAAGCUCUGAAAGAGCUUCAAGAUCGUUGUUACGCCGAGCUGAUGCGCGACAUUACUGGCAUAGCAGAGGCACUUGAUAUUCCACCAGCAAGUAUUAUGAGCAAUAUCGCAGUCCGUGCAAUGAGUCAGCAAUUGCCAGCAACUAAAGAUGAAAUGCUUAAGAUACCCCACGUUACUGAAGCCAAUUUUAAUAAAUACGGCAAAGUUUUGCUACAAAUAACAGAGCGAUUUGCUGCUGAAAAAGUUGCUAUGGAAAUGGAAGCAAAAGAAAUGGAAGAAGAAGCUAAGCGUGCCAAUGAUCUGGAUGAUGAUUGGCUUGAAACAGGAUCUACUGGUGGAUCUACUAGUGGAUCAUACAAGCCAAGAGGAUUUCGAGGUCGUGGUAAGAAACGUUACGGUACUAGUAAAAAAAGUAGCAAUCCAAAACGUACUAAAUUAUCUGGGUCAUCUGCUUCUGGUUCAUCAACUUCUUCUUACAAUCGAUCAAAGGCCGCUGGAGGAACGGCUAGCAGUUCACGUGGACGUGGACAAGGUCAAGGACGUGGACGGGGAUAUAAUCAAGGACCUAAUUUGGGUCUUGUUGAUUUUACACAAAAAAAAGAAUUUAUAGCCGAUCCACUGCGAUAUUCUGCCGUAGGACUUUAAAGAUAAAUUUAUUAAAUCUAGAGUUUAAAAUUUAAAAUAUUAAUUAUUAAGUUAUUGAGAUAAAUAAAGUUUU